AUGCCUUUCAUCCCGCCACCACACGCGUUGUACGGCUACGUCGGCCAAGGCGCUCAAAUCGCCGUAACCACAGGCAUCCUCUCCUCUGGUCUCGUCGCCGGCAUAACCCUCUCGGCCUCCAUGCUCGCCGUCCCACCCCUCUUCCCAGCCGCGUCCGCCGCGUCCACCCUCAUCCCCGCGAACGAGAACCUGCUCGCUCGUCAAUGGGCCAGAUUGUAUAAUACGGGGAAGAUGGUCGCGCCGCCGCUUGCGGCUACCAGUGCGCUUUCGUUGUUCUAUGCUGCUUAUGCGCAUUGGUAUGAACACCCGCAACUCGACGGUCUCUGGGUGGCCUACAUCGGCUCCGGCGUCCUCACCCUCUCCAUCAUCCCCUUCACAUUACUCGCAAUGGCGCCCACGAACAACCGUCUGCUCCGUGCUGCCGCCGGCGAUCCCGAUACAUCGUCUUCGAACACUGCGACCGGCGUCAAAUCCUCAGGCCCCGGCGCAACAGGCGAGGCCACAUCCCUCUCCGUCGACGACCAAGUCCAACAAGUCGUCAAAUGGGCGAAGUUGAACUAUGUAAGGGGCGCUCUGUCGCUUGCUGGAUUCGCGGUCGCGGUGUGGACUACGGUUCCGGGCGCUGUUAAGGAGGUGGCAUGA